UGUAUGAUGUCCUUCAGUGGAAUAGCCCCUCCACUAAUGCAAACGUGGCCUACAAAUAAAACAACAUCUCCCUGGCUCUUUAAAGCAUCCACCAAACGGAGCCUCCUGCGGACUAUCUCCUCUGAAAACAUGCCUGUGACGCCCUGAAACCUAGAACGACGGGCGUGCCAGAGAAACACUGACCGGCAAGAUAACGGUACUGCGUGCUAUUGAACUACUGCAGCAAGACAGAAGAGCAUGUGGAAAUAAUCAACACCGGCGGAACGUGUGUUCUGUUGGUAUGGCAGAGAAGACGUUGGAGACGUCUGUUUCUGUCAGCAUCCCCAUGGAAGAGACCAAACUGCCUGGAGGGGGGGUUGCACCCCCAGAAGGCCCGCUUCUCACCCACCUGAAGAAAGUGGAAAACCACAUUACGGAGGCCCAGCGGUUCUCUCACCUGCCCAGACGCUCUGCGGUAGACAUAGAGUUCACUGAGCUGUCCUACACCAUCCGAGAGGGGCCCUGCUGGAGAAGGAGAGGUUACAAGGCCCUGUUAAAGUGUCUGUCAGGGAGGUUCUGCAGCAGGGAGCUCAUUGGCAUCAUGGGACCCUCAGGAGCUGGCAAAUCCACUCUGAUGAACAUACUUGCUGGGUACAGAGAGACAGGGAUGAAGGGUCAGAUCCUGGUUAACGGGCGGCCAAGGGACCUGCGUAGCUUCAGGAAGAUGUCCUGUUACAUCAUGCAGGACGACAUGCUGUUGCCGAACCUGAGCACUCGGGAAGCCAUGAUGGUGGCUGCCAAUCUGAAGAUGAAGGAAAGCAUGGAAGUGAAAAAGGAACUGGUGGAUGAGAUCCUGACAGCCCUUGGAUUGCAGGAGUGUGCCCAGACCCGGACAAUCUCUCUGUCAGGGGGGCAGUGUAAGAGACUGGCCAUUGCCCAGGAGCUGGUCAACAACCCCCCUGUUAUGUUUUUCGAUGAACCUACCAGUGGUCUGGACAGUGCAUCUUGUUUUCAGGUGGUCUCCCUCAUGAAGUCUCUGGCUCAGGGAGGAAGGACAAUCAUCUGCACCAUCCACCAGCCCAGCGCCAAGCUUUUUGAGAUGUUUGAUAAGUUUUGCGUCGUACAAAUUCUUCUAAUUAUGUUCCGCCCCCCACGACCAUCAACUCCAACAUUUGUUGGCCCACAGCUGGCUCUAUACUUGCCUUCUCCUAUUCUAGACUUCCAUAUCCAGCUGUACAUCCUCAGUCAGGGCCAAUGUAUUUACCACGGCACUGUCCCCUACCUGAUUCCUUAUCUGAAGAACUUGGGCCUUCACUGUCCCACCUACCACAAUCCUGCAGAUUUCAUCAUCGAGGUGGCCUCUGGAGAAUACGGUGACCUGAACUCGGUCCUGUUCGAAGCGGUGCAGGGAGGCCUCUGCUCAGAGGAGGGCAAGAAAAACUCCAGCGACAAGAGUGACCCGGCGUCGCAACAGUCCAACAGUCACAGCGAUACACAAUAUACAGGAACAAUGGAGAAACACAGCUUUGCCACCAGUACCUGGUCACAGUUCUGCGUCCUGUUCAGAAGAACUCUUUUGACAAUAUGCAGGGAUACGGUACUGACCCAUCUCAGAGUGAUGUCUCACAUAUGCAUAGGAGUCCUGAUUGGUCUGCUCUAUCUCAGCAUCGGCAACGAUGCCAGCAAGGUCUUCAACAACACUGGCUUCCUCUUUUUCUCCAUGCUCUUCCUCAUGUUUGCUGCCCUGAUGCCCACCGUCCUUACCUUUCCUCUGGAGAUGUCAGUAUUUUUGAGGGAACAUCUCAACUACUGGUACAGCCUGAAAGCCUACUUCCUGGCAAAAACAAUGGCGGACAUACCCUUCCAAGUGAUCUGUCCCAUCAUUUACUGUAGUAUAGUAUAUUGGAUGACAGAACAACCCCCUGAGGCAGUGCGGUACCUUCUCUUCAUGGCCUUGUCCACCUCUACAGCCCUGGUAGCCCAGUCCCUGGGGCUCCUCAUUGGGGCUGCCUCCACCUCCUUACAGGUGGCGACCUUUGUGGGUCCAGUAACGGCCAUCCCAGUGCUCCUGUUCUCUGGAUUCUUUGUGAACUUUGACACCAUCCCUAAGUACCUACAAUGGAGCUCCUAUGUUUCCUAUGUCAGGUAUGGAUUUGAGGGAGUGAUUCUAUCCAUCUAUGGAAUGAACCGUUCAGAGCUGGAGUGUCCAGGGGUGGUGUGUAAGUUCCAGAAGCCAGAGGAGGUUCUACAGCUGCUGGACGUGGAGGAUGCUAAGCUCUAUGUGGACUUCCUGGUUUUGGGUGUGUUUUUCCUGGUCCUGAGACUAGCUACGUACCUAGUCCUCAAAUACAAAGUCAUAGCUGAGCGAUAAGACAAAGAGUAUGUCGAAAAGAUUUUUGCAAGCUUUUAUCUUUUUUCUGACAACGGAAGUUAGUAAUACCACCAAUUAUUAUAGUCAAUUAUGUUGAAUUCUUUCUUUAAUUAAUGAUUUACUAUAUUAAUCUAAUUUUGCUAUCCAACAAUAAUGUGUAAAUGCAUUAUACACAAACCAACAGAUACCCAAAAUAGUAAAGCAUGUGUCUCUUUGGAAGGACGAGAAGAUGUACGGUAGCUGGGGACAAUCAUAACUGCUCACAGUGCACUGCAUCUAAGAGCUUAACCAUCCUAUUUAACAAAGGUUUAGGAUCCAAAAACCUCUUGGUCUGAGAUUGGACUUGACUGUGUCAAUUUGUGUCCACCACUAAAUCUCCCUUCCCAAUGCUUUCCCAUUGAAUUCCCAAAGACAUUCAAAAAUGACAAUUGCACAAGGACUGUGUCUGGAAACAAAAAUGUAGAAAUAUGGAUUGCAAUAUGUGAUCAAAUAAGGAGUGGUCUCUUUGGGUGUAUGAGUAGGUCUGGAUUAGAUAAACAUCUCUGAAGAGGUCUCCUCUUUUUUCUUUGGGCAGUUUGCAAAGACGUUUUUAUUACUGCAUUGGUCUUGGAACUGAGGCCCAAUGGAUGACUGUAUUGGUCUUGGAACAGUAUCCCAGUUCUUUCAUAAAGAGUUUAUAGCAGACCAAAUUGGAAAUGGACCAAAAGACAACCAGAAGAAGCAACAGUACAUCAUCAUUUCUCAUUAUUCCCUGUGAUGUCAUGGUCUUUCCAGGAUUGUUUGGGAAACCCCAGCCAACAUCCCUGACAAUUUUUGAUGUGGGCCAGACAAAAUGACAACGUUCAAUCCGUCAGUCAAAAUCAAUGGAUGUUAGUGGCCUUGAGGAUGUCACAGCCCUGAGAGGAAAUUGCUCAAGAUAGUGGUGCUCAAUUUGGGACUUCCUGUAAACACAAUGCGUUUCUGACAUGGAGAAUAGCAAGGGUGUGGGUCCACCUUCUAAACCUUGACACUCAAAGUUUGGAAUGUUACCCAGGCUGUGUUGUAUUCAAUUGGUAGAACAUUCCAGAACUGGAGUCCUACGCGCAGUGGAUCUUCACUAAAACCUCACUGGAUAGCAGCUGCCUUAACAUAAAGGCUCUACAAUGUUUUUCUUGACAUGAGAGGGAAACUAAUGGUGGAACUCAAUGAUUGACUUCUUUUUGUUUGUUAAAUGUAAUUGUAAUAGUCAACUCUGUUGUGAAUAAUGUGUGUUUUCUGCAAGUCAAAUGGCGUUGCCAUUUGGACACAAGACUAAUAGCGUAAACUGCUUGUUUCUGCUUGCUAUAUGACUGUUGACUCCUCUACUAGAGCUCUGAAAUGGGAUUUUGAUUUCAUUCUAUAUUAUUCUCCUUUCUGGCAGUCUGAACAGCAGAUGUGUGUCGUCAGAAACGUUGUUGCUAGUUUCUUUGGAUGCUGACUUGACAGUUUUUGUGCCUCUGCACUAAAAAGGUCUGGGCUCUCUUUGCUUCAGUGCAAAUCAUUUGCACAUGCACCUUAUGCCAACACAAAUCCAUAGACAUAGGUACACAUAUAGAUACAAAUACAGAUGAAGAGAAAGAAACACACAAACACACACACAGCUUUGUUUUAGCCAAGCUUCUUUGUCACAAGGCAACGCUAAUAUUAUUUUCCAAUAGAUUAUAUUGCUAUGGAAACAUUUCUGAUACUAUGCUACUUAGUAAUCCAUAUUAUAAUGCUUAUAAUACUGUCAGUAUAUAAUGACAUGAUUGUACAGUGAGUAUGUUAUGCUGUAUAGAAAUGUAUAUAUGCACUUUUCAAUGUAUGUUUAUUGCAUUUCUUCUCAUUUGUAUAAUUUUUUUUAUACAUGUAAAGAGUACUGCUUCAAGGGGUCAGCAACUAGAUGUUGCAUGUUGAUUUUUGGAAUGAAAUCUAUUAAAUAUCCAAUUUGAAACAGUAUAUCAAGGAAUGGUGACAAACUAAUGUAUUCGCUCCCCAAAUAUGUAUCUACUUUGGUAGGUACUAGAAAGUCAUACUUUCAACUUUUUCUCAAUUUAUUUGCAAAUUACAAAUUAAAUGUCUUUAUAUUACUCUUCAAACCUGUGCUCCCUUGACGGAGAAUGAUAUUGUUCAGUCUAAAGUAUUUAAAUAGGUGAACUAUACAGCCAACACAUGGAUUUGAGGCUGUCGGAAUAGGAACAUUAAUGUUGUAAUUUCUGUCAAAAAUUGACAUUAAUAUAUACAAAUUUAAGUCAACUGUGCAAUAUUUUACUAUUGAAGGAAAUAAUUUAGUAAGACGAGUGUCAACAUUUGAACAGUGUGGUGGUAGCGCAUGUACUGUAGCAAACUUCUGUUACUGCCAUGCAAUUAUCCAUUUUGUUUGGCAUGAUAAUGAAAAGUUAGCUACAUUAUCAUACAAUUAUACCAUAUCGAAGAAGUGUGGUGUCUGGAAGUGGGGUUGAGAUGCUUUCUGUAAAUUCAGGCUCACAGCAAAAUUAGAAUGAUUUGAAUGGUAGUACUGUAUCUCUGUUCCUGUGGCUUAGUCUUAGGGCUCAAUUAAAUCAAACCCACAUUGCGAUAUUUACGCAGUGUUUUUUCCCAUUGUCAAAUGAACUCAAAUUAAUGUCUCCUGUUGAGUAUUGUAUUUACACCUAAAACAUCGGGCUGCACUAGGCAAGAUUUAGAAAAUAAUUGAAAUGUGAAAACAGCGGCGUCAAUUCUUUCCUCAACUCCCCCUCUCCCCCAGACAUUGACAGCUGGGUUUGCAACUGCGAUCUGAAAAUGUAUCACCAUAGAACCAAAUAAAUGCAAUGGCAACAAUAAAGAUAAGAAACGUUAGCUAUUUAGUUAUAUGUUUCUUUAGACAGAUGUAUAUUUUAUGUAAACUGGGUUACAUUAGACUUGCCAGUUACACAACUGAAUGUAGCCUCACUAACCUUAGCUUAACGGUUUGGUGAGCUAGAUCUAGUUUGCUAGUCUUAAUAAAUAAGUUACUAUGUAUUACUUUGCUGGCUAGCUCUGGAUUUUUAUGUUGCUGUUAGCUAGCUGCGUUUUCAAUAGAAAAUCUUUGCAUAAAAGAAAAUACCAAAAUUAGACAUACAAUAAUGUGAGCUCACGCUCACCUGGGUGCAAAUAGACACUAUUUAUUCACUCCUUAUCGCAGACUUAUGCUACAUCCAGGCAGUAUGUGCGUUCACAAACAGCCAAGCCCCACCUUGAGAAAGGCAAUUGGCUAAAGAUUGGCUGGAUGCUUCAUUUCAUAUUGACACCAUGUUUAUAUUGACAAAACAUUUUACUUUUAAUGAAAAAAUCCUACCUAGCGCAGCUUUCAGUUUUCAGAGUGUGAGUUUUCAGAGUGUGAGCACUGGAAAAAUAUUAUCAGUUAAAACACUGUGUAAACAUUGCUUUGGCUGGUUUAAAUGAAUCCCAGUCUUAGUCUGUUAAUUGAGAACCACUAAUUAUUUAUUAAAUAUAUUACUAAUAGCAAUAUU